AUGGCAGUCUUCAGUGGGACGAGCUCCAAUAUCAUUACAGUGUCUUUAACUUUAUGUCUCCUUUAUUAUGCUUUGAAGCAAACCAAGCUUUACUUCACAAGACGCCGAUUUCAAAAAUCGAACGGUUGUCAACCAGCUCAAGUAAAAUAUCCUUUGAAAGAUCCAAUAUUUGGCCUCGGUUUAGUAUUGGAUACAAUCAAAAAUACCAAAAACCUACGACAUCUCGAGGGAACUUCUAAGCGUUAUGAGCAGCACGGAACAACCUUUACUUCCAAACUUAUUACGUAUCCAACAGUCUUCACAAUCGAUACAGAGAAUGUGAAAACCAUUCUUGCAACAAAUUUUGAUGAUUUCCGACUUUCGUCUGUUCGAGUAAAUGCAAUGAAACCCGUGUUCGGACAUGGGAUCUUCACAACUAAUGAAAAACUGUGCCACAACUCUCGCGCAUUCCUUCGGCCUACUUUUGCGAAAGAAAGUAUCUCUAACCUCGAGGUUGCUGAGAUGCAUUGCCAACGUCUAAUAAAUCGUAUUCAUCGCGAAGGGUCUACUAUUGAUCUACAAGAUCUCUUUUUCAAAUUCACCAUAGACACAGCUACCCAAUUUCUUUUUGGACAUUCCGUCAACUCCCAGUCCAAUUCAGAUCAUUCCUCGGGUGGUGUAUCUGAUGCAGAAUUUGUCGAACAGUAUACAUAUACUCAGCUCGAAGCAUCUUAUAAUGUACGGUUGGGACCACUUGCACGGUUUCGAUAUAAUCCUACAGCUAACAGGGCUCAGAAGACCGUUUUUAACAAGACCGAAACUGAAGAUGUCAAAGCUGGCCCCUAUGUUUUUCUCGAAGAAACAGCCAAGUUGACCACGGAUCGACAGGUUCUGCGGGACCAGGUGUUGAAUACUCUUCUGGCAGGCCGAGACACAACAGCUAGUUUACUCAGUAAUUUGGUUUUCAUGCCAGCACGAUACCCGAAUGUAUGGAGAAAGCUACGAGCUGAAGUGAUGCAACGUCGUAAAGAUCUAUUCGGUGAAGAUGUGGAAACUUUUGGUCCAGAACGCUGGGAUCAGAUACGACCGAAAUGGGAAUUUUUGCCAUUUAAUGGAGGGCCGAGAAUUUGUUUAGGAUAGCAAUUCGCAUUGAUCGAAGCAUCGUUUGUGAUUGUAAGAAUGUUGCAGGAGUUCGAGAAGAUUGGGCCAAGAGAUGAGAAGCCAUGGUAGGAAGCGUAUACUUUGGUUGUCUGUUCGCAUAAUGGGACACAGGUUUGGUUGAAAUGCGCAAAUGAAAUGUUGUGAUUUUAUCAUACAUGGGAGAAAAUGGAGGAACUUGUGUU